AUGUUGCUUGUCACCCGCCUCAAUUUGCCUCUCGCUGUGAUGGUGGUUGUGAUUGAUGUUGAUGGUUGCAUCUCCUUCCCAUCGAAUUAGGGCUUAUAUAGAUGAUGUGUGUCCAUCGUGAAUUGCACUACCCUGACACCGGUAGUGUCGUAGAACCUCGAGUUCAGGUCAACUCCAUGUCGGGGACAGCAGUCAGUCUGGAUCCAGAGUCAGGAUACUCAGGACUAGAAUUGAGUCAGAUCCAGACUAGUGAUCACGCACGCGCGACAGGGCGACCAUCACGAGAUAAAGUAGGGAUAAGCGGCGACAAUCGGGCACGAAUUGGCCCGUCGCUGGCCGGAACAGGAAAAGCCAUGAACACUUUGGGGGUUAGUCAUCCAGCUGAUUCAGGUCGAGCUGAUGCAGUGAUUUCUACCAAUCACAAUGGCUCGAAUGGCCCCUCCAAAAGUGUCCGAGAGUCCGACGGAGAGUCCGACAGUGCAGCAGUCGGGCAUUUCACACCGCUGUCACUGGUCGGCUUUCACCCUUUCCAAUCCCGUUCCGGUCGAUCUUCCCAUCACGAAUUGAGAGCCCAUUGCAAACCAUUCCCAACUCUAUCAAUCCGUCUCGGCCACUUUACACUUUACACAUCACCAGGUUACCAAGCACAGGGGUCUUCCAGUCUGUAUAUAUUUCCUCCAAAGUGACGGCUUCUCUCCUCAAUAUGUCUGACCAGAGCAUUUCCAUCAUACCACUCUCAUCAUCAUCAUCAUCAUCAUCUACUUUUGAUUAUCUGAUAUCCCAGAUAACCUACUCCGCCCGCGCGCCUUAACCCUAUACUAUGGCGACCCUUCGUCAGUAUAUCAACCUGCGAGAUUCCGGCACCUCUACUCCGGACG